UUUUACCGGUCUCGUCUAUCUGCCGAGCGUCGUUUUGUCAUCCGAAACGGUCGAUUUUAUGUUUUUACACUCGGUUUUAAACCUGUUAUCAACCCCCUUAAAACCCCACUUAAAGAUUAAUGAUGCGCGGAACGCGUGGUUACUUUUAGUAUUGUAUUAGGUGUAGUUAAGUGAAGGUUUCUUUGGUGUUGAGGACAAUGGGGAUUCAAGAUUUGCAAGCUUUCUUGGAGAGUGCCUCUCUUGAAGGGGGUGCUGUAUCCGUUGAUCUGUUGAAGAUUGCUCGGAAUGUCACACAGAGACAACAACCUCAACACCCUGCCAGAAAAAUUAGACCCAUUGGAAACAAAUUAAAGUUAAUUGUUGAUGCUGAAAAUUGCUUGGAUAGGCUGUAUGGUGGUUAUUUUUCAGAUUGGGCAUGUGGUGGGCAAUGGAACCGUAUGGUACAAUUUCUUUCAUUAUUGAUGCAGGCCAUUGAAAGAGGUAACAUAGAAUUGGCUGUUGUUUUUAAUGGAACUUUGGAAAAACAAAGGAUGAAUGAAUGGAUUACUGAACAAGCAAAUAUAAGACAAAAAGUUGGAAUGGUUUUAAAACACAUUAAUACAAAAGCAACUCCUCCACCAAAAAUAUGGUGGACAGCACCUACUUGUUUAAGGACUGCCUUAAGAAUGGCUCUACGUCAUUUAGGAACGACUGUGAUGUGUACGAUGGAUGAUCAUCAUCAAGAAGUUAUAGCUUACUGCCGGGAAUACGGCUUCCAUGGCUUAUUGGCCAACGACGCCGAAUAUGCUACAUUUGACCCCCCACGUUAUUUCUCCUCCGAACACUUAAAAUUAACGUAUAAAGGAUCUCUAGAGACCAAAGAGUACAUGGUAAGUGAGUUGACGAAAACAUUGUUGUUAUCUCAAGAACAAGUCUGCGUUGUUGCUUCGCUAUUGGGUAAUUUUAUGUUACCUGAAAGUGAACUACAAGAUAUUUAUAAGAAAGUUUUGGCGAUGGCGUCCAAUAAAGAUGUAAAGUUAAAUGGUGAAGGUGGAGUGAAGGCGAUUGCUGAAUAUGUAAGAAGUUUACCUCCUCCUUCUAAUAUGGAUGCGCUCGUAUCACAGAUUUUUGGCAACACAAAUGAGACGCGGGCUGAAAUUUUCAGAACAUCUGUUCAGUAUUAUUUAAAUGGGACGGCUAAUGGAUUUUUGAAGUAUUGUCCAUUACAAGCUCCUAAAAAGGAAAAUAAAAAACCAGUAACAAAUAAUAAUGUAAAUAAUACAGUUGUGAAUAAUGGUAAUGCUAAACCCGAAGAAAACGACUUCGACACGUCUGGUUUCGCGUCUGAGACAACAGAACAAGAGCAAGAAAGUCUACAAAAUUAUAAACUGGCAACUGCAAAUGUAGUGAUAGCAGCGGAUUUCGCAAGUUUAAACGAUGAUAGCUCGGCGAAAACGUCCCCACAUAAUGAUGAAUCUCCCCCAACUUCUGAUACAUCAAGAUUUAAUGGUCACUCGAACAGUUCCUAUGGUUCAAAUAAUAGCGCCUCAGCAUCUAAUAAUGCGAGUUGUAGCAGUAAUUCAGGGACCAGAGUCAAUCUUCAAGUCAGUUCUAGUAGCUCGAAUGCGAGUAGCGUCCCACAGUCACCUAAGCAUUCAAUACCGAGUAGUCAAAAUAGUUCAACUAACAUAAUUUCACCAAACGUUUCUACUGACGUUCUUCGUACGGCUUCGUUAAGACAUCAAAAGGGAUUAAUGGCCCCAUGGAUUUUGCAUCUAUUAAGUACUAAAGAAGUACGUUUACAGUGCCUGAUGGAAGAUGAAAACAAACGGGAAUUUCCGCCCAUUCAUGAAAUUUACCAAUUAUUACGUCAACGGGUUUACGCUGUGUUAUUUAAUUUGCACCACCACAGAUAUGUUCACAUGAAAAAGAAGGAAGCUGGUGAAAUUGGUGAAAGUUCUCCAGCUCCAGAUAUAAUCGUACAUGAAUGGAUUUAUAGUAGAUCGAAUCCAUAUCAAUACUCUGAAGAAAUUAAAGCAGAACCUUUACCUUGGGCUGUACCAACUUUACAAAGAUUGUGGUUUGGUCCAUCACUUGACGACAAACGAUGUCGAAUGCGAGCUUUAUUAUCGUGCCUAAACUCGGAUACACCUUUAAUUUUAAACACAGCCUACGUUCCACAACAACUUUUAGUAAUGGCUUGCGUCCUACGAUACAUUAUGUCGUUAGAACGGCCAAUUAUGCGAAAAAACGAACUGGAUGUGUUCUUAUGUCAAGCCUAUAACCCGGAUUUAAUGAACGUUCAAUAUCUACAAGAGCUAACUUUAAACGUUGUAACUAGUCGAGGCGUUCAGUUGGCAGCUAUCUUUAUGCAAGGCGUUGAAAUGGCUUUAUUGGCGAACGACGCUUGUGGAGCUCCAUUACCAUGGUUGAUGUGUUGCCCUUGGCUUUAUUUCGAUGGGAAAUUGUUUCAUCAUACUCUUGCUAGAUCCGCGCAGGUUAAGAGUUUACUCGAAUUGUGUGAGAAUCAUAUUGAAAGGGUUGUUAAAGUGGAACGAUUGAGAAAAGCAAUUCUUGAAGGAUUGGAUGUUAAAUUUGCUAAACCACCUUUACCACAUUUUACAGGUUUAAUGCGCCAAGGUAUGCCACCACCAAAUUGUUUACCUGCAAUGCCUUUACCAUCAACAAGAGGAGCGGCAGCUUUAAGACAACGUCCAAUGCCCGCACGAGGUGGUCAAUUACAAGUGGCUGGUGUCGUGGUGGGUUCUUGGGGUCCAAACUACAGUUAUCAAAAUAACGUAAGGCAGCAGCCGCAACACGUUAUUGGGGGAUAUCAACAACAAGGACGCGGUCGUGGGCUUUCCACCCAAUUCAACGUGCAGCAGCAGCAACAGCAACAAUAUUCGAGAGCACGCGGUGGAGGCGGUGGACAAAGAAAACCGGGUCCGCCGACUUACAACGUGAAUCGAAAGAAUAACCCGGCAAAGAAGAAAUCGAACAACAACAGGCAGAGGCAGGGGGGCGGCAGCGCGUCACGAGGUCGAGGAAUGACUGUUAAAACCGAGAAUGGUGAUAUCUUGGCUGAGGAGAUUUUAAAAGAAGAACCGACAACGAAUGAUGAGACUGCAUUUGAGGACAUUAAAAGUCCGGAACAUCAUGGUCAAGGUGAUGGCCCAGCAGCUGUUGAGACCACUUCCCAUUAAAAAUAAAUUAUUUACUUGGGUUGGGUUAUAACAGUGCUGUGUUGUGCAAUGAUGCAUUUGUUUAUAACGUGUUCUCUCUGGACCUUUAAAGUUUCUCUUUUUAAUUUCAACAUUAGUGCUACACGCCUUGAGGAGUUGUAUUAAGAGAGGCCUCUUCACAUCCCCACACAUUUUUCCCUUUUUAUUCUUCCAACCCAUUAAGUAUUUAUUUUGGUAGUAUACUUUCCAUAUACUUUACACUAAAGUAGAGUACAUAUAUACACAUUUAAACAUAGACAAAAAUACCACUAAAAACAUACACACAUGUUUACAUAAUAUUAAAGAAAGGAAACGUUUCUAUAUUAUGAUUAUUAAUGUAAAAGGAAUAUUAUUUUUGGUUCCUUUUAAACAUAAUUUUUCACAUUUAAUUUACAAUGACACAAAAAACAUGAAGAGGAAAUUACCUUUAAUUAAACAAAAGUGAUUGAGAGAUCGUUUUCUCAAUAAACAAAAAAUACUAAAAGUGACCAAAUGAUGAUGGAAUGUGAACUGUUUAAAAUGAUCCAUAACGACGCUCCAAAGAAGAAGACGACUGCAAAUAGGUGUGUAGUUUUUGGUGUAGGCGGGGCCAGUGCGAGUUGGAAAAGCUAAAAACUUAAUUUUAAAAUGCGGUCGGUCUAAAAGGAAAUGAGGAGACUUCGUCGUUUUGAACUACUAAAAAAGAGUAUAAAAAAUUGAAAUCCCGCCGACUGAUGAUUGAUUGUUUGAGAGCAAAAUGUAUAUUUUUCUAUAUUUGUUACAUCUGUUAAUUAAUAAUUAUAUAAUACGGAACGGGAGGAGAUAUACAAGAUGCUGUGAUCGUAUUUAUGGUAAUUUAUAAAAAAAUAAAAUAAAGCGUUGAUCUGUUUUAUUCCGGCCUGGACGGAGCGAUAGCUUCAUUAUGCACUGUUCUAUCUAAAGAAUUUAAAUAAUCUAUCUAUCGUUUCCGUUUUUUAGAUCACUUGUAGUAUACAAUAUAGUUUAUGGUAGAUGUUUGUAGAAUAUGGUUUUAAUGUUGGUGAAUUUAUUUUAACGAAAUGAUUUAAUCAACAUUUCAAAAUCACGCCUUAAUUGUUAGUUAUAAUCUACCGUUUCUUUUGUAUGGAUUUAUAACAGGUAUUUAACAAAUGGACCAUAUUGUCUUUUAUAAUGUAUAUAAGCCUAUAUAUUUAUAUUCAAUAACGUUUUUUCUUUUUCGCGUUUAAGAAAUCGCUCUGUUUAUCGGCCGUGUAAAGAUGAUGGUUCUGAUGAAGUGUCUGAAAGUAAGAUUUUGCUAAUAAUAUUAAUAAGAGUGCUGGAUCCGUUAAAAAAAUCUAAUCAGAAAAAUAUAUCCUUAUCUCGAUGAGAAAAAUAAAACUAAAAACAAGAAAAAUUAUACGAAAUCAAAUUAACGAAAAAUUCGUUAUAAAAAUGUGUUUGUAAAAACCAUGCAUUGGAAGUAAUGCAAAUACCCAAAAACAAAUUGUAAUAAUAAUAUGGAAAAAAAAGAUACAAAUCAGAGGUUCUUGUAAACUAAAAAAAAUGCCCUGCUUUGUUAAAACGUAUCAUUGCGAUUCUCUAAGUAAAAAAACGAAAAGUUACCAAAAUGGAAAUUAACUCUUGACUUCUCUAUAAUAAACCGUUCGCUGAACGCAAUUUAUUGUAAAAGAAAAUAUAAAAAGCUGUCUUGUCACAGUUUGUUUUGAUUUUUUGAAACAAAACAAAGUCGUAUGUAUAACGCAAAAAAAAAGUUGAAAGCGUAAAUAAAGCUUUUGUUUUCUUGAUGAUGAUCGUGGUCAUCAGUAAUUUUUAACAAAAAAAAAGAUGAAAAAUAGCAUAUUAUAUAAAUACACUCACGUAGCGUGGUUAUAAAAGCGUUUUUUCUAAUUAGCUCAUACACACUUAUUGCAAAAGAAACUUGGAUGAUUAUGGUAAUUAUAAUGAUUAUCCGUAACAAUUUUUUUAUAUCCCUAUUUCAUAGUUUAUUUUGAUUUUUUUGUAUAUGUAUGUAGUAUUUUUAGUUUCCAUUGAAUUGCUUUUUUUCUGUAGAAUCAAAGUUUUGUUAUUUUUUUCUCUUUUCUAGUAAUUUUUGGGAGUAAAUUAUAUUAUCCAUUUUUUUUUUAGAAAUCAUAAAAAAUACUUAUACAAAUCUCAAAGAAAUAAAAAACGUUGUAGUUGUUGCUCCGUUUAUUAUAACACUUUCUUUUUUGUUUGUUUGUUCUUUUUUGAGCUAAGCGGUUUUAUUUUGUUGUAUUAUUUGAAAGAAACUAACGUAUAUCUAUGCUUAAUAUUUAGAUACUUUUCAAAAGAAAAACAAAUUGAGAAACUUAUUGUAGCUUGAACCUUUUACUUUUUCGAGGAAAAUAUGAAGGAAUUAAAAAAUAAAAUCCGAAACGUAUUUGUUAAACAUAGUAAACUAUAUGUAAUAUUGUAUUUAUGAGCCUUUGUGGGAAUAAAUGACAGGGCAUCCGAGUUAUUUCAAAAGAUAAAAAAAAUCAUAAAAAAAUAAAAUCUUUAGGAUAGCUUUUUGGUGAUUUUUGGACAACUUGGGACAAUACAUUGCUGGUCACAUUUUUUUGAGUUCAUCAAUUUUAUUUUGUAUUCUAAAAUUUUACAUUUAAAAAGAGAUUAAAGCAAGAACCGCUUUCUACUAAACGGUAGAAAUUUUUGCACCAUCCACCGAGUGUCUUUUGUAGAUCAUUUCGAUCGUGAUUUUCAAAAGUCAAUUAUUGUCUUGACGUUUCCAGCUGAAAUCACUAGUUUCCAAACGAGAUAAAAGAUGAAAAAAAAAAUUAAAAAUUAACGCCUUCACUUCUAAUAUAUUCAUACAGUUAAAUCGAUUAAAAACUAAGCAAAAAAUAACAAUGAAACGUAACCGUUCAACAGUUUUUAUGAUAUUCUAUGUAUAUGUGGGCAUCCAUUCGAAUAUAAUUUUCAAUUUAUUGUAUCCUUGUAUCGAUUGAUAUAUGGUUGAGCAGGCACUCAAAAUGUUUCCUGUCAGUGCUGUUGAAAGAAUUGUUUGACAUAAAGUUUUGAACCAUG